AUGCACCUCACUGUUGUUCACUAUUUUCUAGUUUUAUUUGUGGCCUCUUUGUAUGUACACACCGGUUUCUGUCUUGGUGAUGGACUUCCAAGCAGUUUGGGAUCAUCAUGCAUUGAGGAAGAGAGACGAGCUCUUCUCACCUUCAAGCAGGAUCUCAUUGAUCUCGCUGGUAGGCUUUCUUCUUGGGCAGGCCAUGAUUGCUGUCAGUGGAAAGGAAUUUCAUGCGACAACCUUACUGGUCAUGUUGUAAGGGUGGACCUCCGGAAUGAUUAUCCAUAUGUUGACGAUUAUGAAGAUGAAUAUGUUGUAAGAGAGUCUGCCCAACAAUUGGCUUAUGAUCAGUCUUGCUUGAGAGGUAAGAUAAAUCCUUCUUUACUUGGCUUGAAGCAUUUACAUUACCUAGACCUUAGCCGGAAUGAUUUUGAAUGGAUUCAAAUUCCAACGUUCUUUGGGCAGCUCAGAAGUUUGAGGUAUCUCAAUGUCUCCUAUGCAGCAUUUGGGGGAGACAUACCUUCUUCUUUUGCUAACUUGUCGAACUUAAACCAUCUUGACAUCAGUCGAAAUUUCUUUGAAGCAUCUUCGAAAAACUUGGAUUGGAUUUCUCAUCUCUCUUCCCUGAAGUACAUCAAUCUAGGAAAUCUAUACCUUGGCAGCAGAGGAGAAAGUUGGUUUUAUGCUAUUAAUAUGCUUCCUUCCUUGUUAGAACUACGUUUGUCUUCGUGCCGAAUUCACCAAACCCUUCCCCUCUCACUGCAAACCACUAACCUCACAUCACUUUUGGUCCUUGACAUAUCAUAUAAUGAUAUUAAUUCUUCAUUUCCCAGCUGGCUUUUUAAUCUUACCAACCUCAAGCAACUUGAUCUGAGCAACAACCUUUUCGGCCGUCUCAUUCCCAGUGAAUUUUCAAACCUCAAAAUUCUGGAAGACCUUCGUUUGUCUGGAAUAGGACUCGAAGGUCAAAUUCCACAACUCAAAGGAAAUAUCUGCAAUCUAAAGUCCUUAGAUCUUUCAGGGAACGAUUUUGAAACAGGAGUUCACGAGUUCUUUAGAACUUUGUCAGAUUGUCCGAAUAAGACAAUAGUGCAUCUUCACCUUGAUUCCAAUUAUAUGUGGGGCUCAAUUCCAGAAUCUGUUGGAAACUUGUCGUGUUUGAAAACACUUGACCUGUCUCAUAAUUUUAUGAACGGGUCCAUUCCAGAAAGUCUAGGACAACUGUCUGAGCUAGUUAAGUUAUCUCUGUCUGAUAAUUCCUGGGAAGGGAUUAUAACUGAAGCUCACUUUAGAAAUCUCACCAGCUUGAAAAAAUUUGUUUUAUGGACAUAUAAACCCAUUCCCCUUAUUUUUAAGGUGUCUAAUGAGUGGGUUCCUCCUUUCAAGCUCAACUUGAUUACCAUUGUGAAUUGUCAAGUAGGUCCAACCUUUCCGCUCUGGCUUAUAUCUCAGACUGAAUUAGUUAAUGUCCAGCUUGACAAUACUAGUAUCUCGGACUCCAUACCAGAGAACUGGUUGUUGAAGAUAUCCUCCCGAGUCGAAACACUGAUUCUAUCUAACAACCAAAUUGGUGGAAAGCUUCCAUUGCAAAUGGACUGGCCAAACUCAACGCUGAUUGAUUUAAGUUAUAAUCAACUUGAGGGCCCACUUCCACUUUGGUCCAGUAAUAAUACAUUCCACCUUGAUCUAGGAAGCAAUUUAUUCUCCGGGCCCAUGCCCUCAAACUUCGGCCAAUUAAUGCCCAACUUACGAUACUUGCUUCUCUCUGAGAAUAAUCUGAAUGGUAGUAUUCCAAAAUCUCUUGGCAACAUGCAAAGCUUAUUUAUCCUUAACCUAAGAAGCAACCAAUUGUCAGGAGAAUUUCCUCCCCUGUGGAAUUCUUGGCAAGAUAUAGUUGUUAUGGAUGUGGGUAACAACAGUCUCUCUGGUCACAUACCCAGCUCAAUGGGUGUCCCAAGUUCUCUUGAGAUAUUGAAGUUGAACGACAACAAAUUUGAAGGUGAGAUUCCUUCUUUCCUUCGAAAUUGCCCUUAUCUGGAAAGUAUUGAUCUUGGAGGCAACAAGAUUACUGGAAUUGUACCAUCAUGGAUAGGCCUAGACAUGCCCCGGUUGACUAUGCUAAGAUUGAGAUCCAACUAUCUACGUGGACAUAUUCCCCGUCAAUUGUGCAAUCUUCAAUACCUUCAUCUUCUAGACCUUGGUCACAACAACUUUUCGGGUACUAUUCCCAAGUGUUUGAAUAACCUGCGUACUCUGGCAUAUCAUAAUUCCAGUGAUGAUCUUGUGACAAGAUUUGCUUGGUACAUUGAAGAAACAACAGUGAUUUUAAAAGGACAGGAACUUGUGUACAUGGACACUCUGCAGUUUGUAGCCAGCAUUGAUCUCUCGUCAAACAAUUUAGAAGGUGAAAUCCCUGAAGAAAUAAGCAGUCUUGUUGCAUUGGGUACCUUCAACUUGUCGAUGAAUCAGUUAAGUGGAAACAUUCCCUCACAAAUUGGAAAUUUGCGUUGGUUGGAAACUCUUGAUCUCUCACACAACAAGCUUUCAGGACGGAUCCCUAAAAGUUUUGCUUCUUUAACCUCAUUGUCGCACUUGAACUUGUCUUACAACAACUUGGCGGGAAGAAUUCCUUCAGGCUUCCAACUCCAGACACUUGAAGAUUCAUCCAUUUAUGAGGGUAAUCCGUUACUGUGUGGGGUUCCUCUUUCAUUACAUUGCCCGGGAGAUGAUGACAAAAAUGAUGAGGGUGCAGAAGACGGUGAAGAAGAUGGAAAUGGGAAUGAAAAGCUUGGGUUUAGGGUGAGCAUGGUACUCGGCUUUAUUGUUGGCUUUUGGGGUGUUUGUGGCACAUUAAUCAUAAAAAAGUCAUGGAGGUGUGCCUACUUCCGAUUCUUUGAUGAUAUCAAGGACAAGGCAAUGCACGCCGUUGUAUUGAAGUUGGCACAUCUGCGAAGGAACUCUUAA